GAUGUCGAUAGUGAACAUUGUUGCCAGGGAGAUCCUGGACUCCAGGGGGAACCCCACAGUGGAAGUGGACCUGCACACUGACAAAGGUGAGACACUGGCAAUUUUCAUUAUCGCUACAUGGUGUGAUUAUUUGUGAUAUUCCAUUAUCAACUGGCUAAUGUGCAUUUUCCUCACCUCUCUAUCCUUCACCCCUCCAUUCCCUCGUUCCCUCAACCCUUCCAUUCCCUCCCCCCUCUGUCUUCCCUUCCCUCACCCCUCCAUUCCCUCAAAUCUCUCCCUCCUCCUUCUAGGUGUCUUCAGGGCAGCUGUGCCUAGCGGAGCGUCUACUGGCAUCUAUGAAGCCCUGGAGCUGAGAGAUGGAGACAAGAGCCGCUACAAGGGCAAAGGUGAGGGCUGAGGAAGCUGUGUGUGUGUGUGUGUGUGUGUGUAUUUGUGCAUGCUCGUUUGUGUGUGUGUGUGUGUGUGUAUGUGUGUGAGGGGAGGGGGGGUAGAUAAAUGUGCUAGGAGAUGGAUGGGCACUAGGAGAGGUAUGGGCAGUAAGCCAUAUUGAUUUACGGGAGCACAGUGAGGAGGAACAUGAACAUGACUAGACUGAGUGAUGCGCAGAAUGAGCUACUUUUCUUCAUCCUAAUGUCCUGUCUCCUCCUCCUCCUCUUCAUCCUGUUUCUUCUCAUCCUUCACUAUAUCCCUCCUUCUCCUAGGUGUGCUCAAGGCUGUUGGUCACAUCAAUGACACCAUUGGUCCUUCCCUCAUCCAGUCGGUGAGUGCGGUAGUGAGCGUGUGUGUGUACCCGCGUGUGUGUGUGGGUUGUGUCCUGUGUUGCAGUGUGUUUGUUUGGGCGUAUUUGUAACUGAGAGAAAGAGAGAAAGAUGUCUCAUCAGCUCUCUAAGAUGUGUUGUGUUGCAGGGGGUCAGUGUGGUGGAACAGGAGAAACUGGACAAGAUCAUGAUAGAGAUGGAUGGCACUGAGAACAAGUGUAAGUAACAACCUGUAUGAACCACGUAUGAGACACCAGCUUAGACCAGUCCUGGUCUCAAGAGCUGGCGUGUGAAGGUUUUAUUCUAACCAGUGCUUUUUCAAUCUGAGCAUUCCCUUAAUUCAUACCUAUUCGUUCUGCUCCCUUCAGCUCAGUUUGGGGCCAAUGCUAUUCUGGGUGUGUCCUUGGCCAUAUGCAAAGCUGGUGCCGCAGAGAAAGGUGUCCCACUGUACCGUCACAUUGCUGACCUAGCAGGAAACACAGAGCUAGUGCUUCCAGUUCCUGUGAGUUCAUUACCGUUACAUUUUCACCUGUAUUCAGUUGACUGUCAUAGAAUACAUUUGACCAAAAACCAUAGCCUACUCUGUAAAAAAAGAUAAGAUGAAGGCUUCAGACAGUUGUCUCUGUCAAUGAAUGAAUGAAUGAAUGAAUGAAUGAAUGAAUGAAUGAAUGAAUAUAGGAAUGAAGAAACAACUGGAUGAAGGAAUGAUUGGAUAAAGGAAUGAUGGAACAACUGGAUAAAUGAAUGAAGGAACAACUGGAUAAAGGAAUGAAUAAAUGCUGUAAAUGGACAAAUACUGAUGUCUCCCUCUCCUCUCCUCCCCUGGCCCCCCUCUCCCUCAGGCCUUUAACGUCAUCAACGGGGGCUCUCAUGCGGGCAACAAGCUGGCCAUGCAGGAGUUCAUGGUACUUCCUGUAGGGGCGGAGUCUUUCAGGGAUGCUGUGCGUGUGGGGGCGGAGCUGUACCAGACACUGCGGGAAGUGAUCAAGGAGAAGUAUGGCCAGGACGCCACCAACGUGGGGGACGAGGGGGGAUUCGCCCCAAACAUACUGGAGAACACUGAAGGUGAGAUAGACAGGAGGAAAGACAUAUCAAAGACACUACUGCAUGGUCCGAAAACGAACUUUGUAGACCCUCAGCUUUCAGUGUUUUCAGAUGGGAAGGAAACAGCCUUCCAAUUGGCUUACAGUGCCUUCAGAAAGUAUUCACAGCCCUUGACUUUUUCCACAUUUUAUUGUGUUACAGCCUGGCCUAUACACAAUACCCCAUAAUGUCAAAAUGUUAACAUGUCUUGAGUCAAUAAGUAUUCAACCCCUUUGUUAUGGCAAGUCUAAAUGAGUUCAGGUGUAAAAAUGUGCUUAACAAGUCACAUAAUAAGUUGCAUGGAUUCUGUGUGCAAUAAUAGCGUUUAACAUGAUUUUUGAAUGACUACCUCAUCUCUGUACCCCACACAUACAAUUAUCUGUAAGUUCCCUCAGUCGAGCCGUGAAUUUCAAACACAGAUUCAACCACAAAGACCAGGGAGGUUUUCCAAUGCCUCGCAAAGAAGGGCACCUAUUGGUAGAUGGGUACAAAUAUAAAAAGCAGACAUUGAAUAUCCCUUUGAGCAUGAUGGAGUUAUUAAUUACACUUUGGAUGGUGUAUCAAUACACCCAGUCACUACAAAGAUACAGGCAUCCUUCCUAACUCAGUUGCCGGAGAGGAAGGAAACUUUAAAACAGUUACAGAGUUUAAUGGCCGUGACAGGAGAAAACUGAGGAUGGAUCAACAACAUUGUAGUUACUCCACAAUACUAACCUAAAUGACAGAGUGAAAAGAAGGAAGCCUGUACAGAAUACAAAAUUCCAAAACAUGCAUCCUGUUUGCAAUAAGGCACUAAAGUAAAACGGCAAAAAAUGUGGCAAAGAAAUUAACUUCAAGUCCUGAAUACAAAGCGUUAUGUUUGGGGCAAAUCCAACACAACACAUUACUGAAUAUCACUCUUCAUAUUUUCAAGCAUGGUGGUGGCUGCAUCAUGUUAUGGGUAUGAUUGUUGUCUUCAAGUGAGUUUUUUUUAAAUAUAAAAAUAAACUAAAUAGAGCUAAGCACAGGCAAAAUCCUAGAGGAAAACCUGGUUCAGUCUGCUUUUCCACCAGACCUUCCAGCAGGACAAUAACCUAAAACACAAGGCCAAAUAUACACUGGAGUUGCUUACCAAGACGACAUUGAAGUUACAGUUUUGACUUAAAUCGGCUUGAAAAUCUAUGGCAAGACUUGAAAAUGGCUGUCUAGCAAUGAUCAACAACCAACUUGAUAGAGCUUGAAGAAUUGUAAAAAGAAUAAUGUGCAAAUAUUGUGCAAUCCAGCUGUGCAAAGCUCUUAGAGACUGACCCAGAAAGACUCACAGCUGUAAUCGCUGCCAAAGGUGAUUCUAACACGUAUUGACUCAGGGGUGUGAAUACUUAUGUAAAUUAGAUGUUUCUGUAUUUCAUUUUCAAUAAAUUAGCAAAAAUGUCUCAAAACAUGUUUUCACUUUGUCGUUAUGGGGUAUUGUGUGUAGAUGGGUGUGAAUAAAAAUCUAUUUCAUCCAUUUUGAAUUCAGGCUGUAAUAUAACAAAAUGUGGAGUAAGUCAAGGGGUAUGAAUACUUUCUGAAUGCACUGUAGGCAAGAUUUCCAAUAUUACUGCAAAUCCUGAAGGGGUGGGAGCCAGUGGUUGUUUUCGAACUGGUCUCAUAAAUAGACACAGCACAUUGUCUUUCCGAGACAGAGCACGACAAGCACAGUACCCCAGCAUUGGAUUUAUCACUCACUGUUUUAUAACAUCCCCAUCUCCCUGCUCACCUUUCUUGUCACACUCCCUUUCCCUGUCUCUCUGUCCUGUCCCUGUGUCCUGUCCCUCUGUCCUGUCCCUUUGUCCUGUCCCUCUGUCCCUGUGUCCUGUCCCUCUGUCUCUCUGUCCUGUCCCUUUGUCCUGUCCCUUUGUCCUGUCCCUUUGUCCUGUCCCUCUGUCCUGUCCCUUUGUCCUGUCCCUCUGUCCUGUCCCUGUGUCCUGUCCCUCUGUCCUGUCCCUCUGUCCUGUCCCUCUGUCCUGUCCCUUUGUCCUGUCCCUCUGUCCUGUCCCUCUGUCCUGUCCCUCUGCUCUGUCCUGUCCCUCUGUCCUGUCCCUCUGUCCUGUCCCCUUCUGUCCCUUGUCCUGUCCCUCUGUCCUGUCCCUUGUCCUGUCCCUUUGUCCUGUCCCUUUGUCCUGUCCCUUUGUCCUGUCCCUCUGUCCUGUCCCUGUGUCCUGUCCCUGUGUCCUGUGCAGCCCUGGAUCUGAUCAAGACAGCCAUUGAGAAGGCAGGCUUCACAGACAAGGUGGUGAUCGGGAUGGACGUGGCAGCCUCUGAGUUCUACAAAGAGGGCAAGUACGACCUGGACUUCAAGUCUCCGCCCAACGCAGACCGCCACAUUAGCGCCCAGGAGCUCUGCGACAUGUACCAGGGCUUCGUCAAUGACUACCCAGGUGUGUGUGUGUGUGUACCUGGCACCCUAACAUGGUUAAUUGUUCCAUGCUAUGUUUGACUAGGCUACUCCCCUUCCGAUGAUAACACUGAUGUCUUGUACUGAAGCUCUCUCUCUCUCUCACACACACACUCACACACCCACACACACACCCCACACACACCACACACACCCACCACCACACACCAGCCAGAUACAUGAUAGCACCAUGAUGGGGGAGGGCUCAUCAUGCAGCUCCCACCUGCCAAUUGCACUGUAGCGCUAAUAAACCUCAACUGGUCGGAACAAGGCACAAUUCUACACACUUCUCACACUCUAUCCUUCACACCUCCUCACACACUCCCUAUCUCUCUCACUCUCCUCCUCCUCUCUCCACCCACUCCAUCUGAGCAACUCUCUUCUAACUCCAGUGAUGGGGGACCGGGCUCUAGGCAUCUCCCACCUGCCUUGUGCACGUAUGCGCAUAUAAAACCUCCUUCUUGUCGGUAACGUCGGGAGGACCGUCUCUCUCCUUCAGCUCUAUUCUCUCUCUCUCAUCAUCGUCUUCUCUCUCUCUCUCAUCUCUCUCCUCUUUUCUCUCAGCUCUUUUCUCUCUCUCUUUCUUCUCCUUCUCUCUCUCUCGCUCUCUCUCUCUCUCUACUCUCUCUUUCUCUCUCUCUCUCUCUCUCUCUCUCUCUCUCUCUCUCUCUCUUCUCUGAGGAGUGUAGAGUGUAAUGGCAGAUAUGGGAGAUGAUAGUAUAGCGUGUCCAGUCAGAGGCAGUAAUUGAAAUCCCCAUUAAGACUGACACGCUGUACCUCUGAGCCCAUCCACCAUGGGCCAUGAGUGGGUCUUGAGCUAAUCAACCAACUCCCAUCAUUCACCCCUUAAUAAGCUAGAGUAGGCACAGACACACACACAAACACACACAUACACACUCCUUAACAUGGUAGAGUAAGUUCCUUCACUCUAGGUAGAUCUUUCCUUUAGGGACAGAUCUAGGAAAAUCUACUGCUCAUAAAUUGUAACAUUAACCAUUAGGGGUUGAAAAGCAAAACUGUCCUUAGAUCAGUGUCUAGAGGCAAUGGUCCCCAGGUCACCCUUAAUUCUCCCCUGUCCUUACCCUUAUUCUCCAUCAAGACCUGCGUUUUGGUUGCAGCACACACAAACACUCACUAACAUUCCUCCUCACCCUCUCUCCUCCAGUGGUGUCCAUUGAGGACCCGUUUGACCAGGAUGACUGGCCGGCCUGGUCCCAGAUGACAGCCUCCGUGGGGAUCCAGGUGGUGGGGGACGACCUGACCGUCACCAACCCCAAGAGGAUAGAGCGCGCCCUGGAGGAGAGGGCCUGCAACUGCCUGCUGCUCAAAGUCAACCAGAUCGGC